GCGGCAGUUUGGACCUACAGAGUACACACACCCUCCCGACUUUGUAUCAGUGGUCGUGUACGGAACCCGCUCCAGUCUACUCCGGUCGGGGUGGAGUGUCGCCGUCAGUUACCUUUUUGUCUGUCGCAGUAGGCAUUACUCGCCCUGGGCUCACCGCGGCCGCGGGCGCGCACCUUUUUAUGCGCGCACAAAAACGGCCUUGUCUGACGGGGGGUCGGCGCGGCACCGACAGCUGUUGAGGCCGCUGAUGGGUCAGCUGCUGCGCGGGAUCGGUACAAUUGACUGGUCUGGGUCUGUGGUCUGCCAGUUGGUCUGUGGUCCGGCGCACGGAACGGAGCUCCGGUAGUGGCUCUGCGGUCUCUACUUCGUGUUCACGGUAUCCAGUGAACCCUGCUGUUGGCCUUAGUGGGCCUGGUGGCCUUAGCUUGAAUACCGAACAAGUGCUGAGAGUGAACAAAAGACCAUGGGUAAAUACUCUGGCAAGAAAUGCCGGCUGCUGACCAUGUUCAGCCUGACCACCACCUUCUUCCUGGUGGAGAUCAUCGUCGGCUACGCCACCAACUCGAUGGCGCUGGUGGCCGACAGUUUCCACAUGCUCAGCGACGUGGUGGCGCUGGUCGUGGCCUUCCUGGCAGUGCGGAUGUCUCCAAAGAAGUGGUCCAAGAACACGUUCGGCUGGGCACGAGCGGAGGUGCUCGGCGCCCUGGUCAACUCCGUGUUCCUCAUCGCCCUCUGCUUCUCCAUCUUUGUCGAGUCGCUGAAAAGGUUUUACGAGGUGGAGGACAUCACCAAUCCGGAGAUGAUUCUGAUUGUGGGCGUGCUGGGUCUGGUGGUGAACGUUAUCGGCCUGGGACUGUUUGCCAACCACAGUCACGGCCACAGUCACGGUGGCGGCAGUCACGGCCACUCGCACGGCGGCGUCUCCAAGAAGGCGGCCGCCGCCGAGACGCCGUCGCCGCAGCUGCAGCCGCUGCCCAACACGGCGCGCGGCCACCUCAGCUCGUUCGUGGCUGAUGACGACGCCGAGGAGACGGGUCAGGCGCUGGUGGAUGGCCGGCCGCGCACCGCCGGCGCCCAGCAGAUGAACAUGCGCGGCGUGUUCCUGCACGUGCUGGCCGACGCCAUCGGCUCCGUCAUCGUCAUCAUCUCUGCGGUGGUGAUCUGGAAGACGGACUGGGAGUAUCGGAUGUACGUCGACCCGGCGCUAAGCGUCAUCAUGGUGAUGCUGAUUCUGCGCAGCGUCUACCCACUGUUGCUGGACAGCGCGAUGAUCCUGCUGCAGACGGUGCCCACCCACAUCCAGGUGGACUUCAUCGAACAGAAGAUCCUGCGUGAGAUCGACGGCGUGCUGGCCGUGCACGAGUUUCACGUGUGGCAGCUGGCCGGCGACCGGAUCAUCGCCUCGGCGCACAUCCGCUGCCACAACCUGGCCGACUACAUGACCAUCGCCGAGCAGAUCAAGCAGCUCUUCCACAACGAGGGCAUCCACUCCACCACCAUACAGCCAGAGUUUGUCGACUACGAGGAGGAGGCGCACACGACCAAGAGCGAGACUUGCAUACUGGACUGUCCGCCGUCCGACAACGAUGCCUGUGUGGCGCAAAAGUGCUGCACGGCCAAAAAGUCGGACGAGACGGAGAGCCUGCUGGUGCGCCAGCGGACGGGCGGCGCCAGCGACCUGCCGCCCUACACGGACACCGACACGGGCCUGGAGGGCGUCUCGGUCCGGCCGGGCUCAGCGGGGGUCUGACCGGAGCUGAUGGGGCGAGCGGCGCGCCCGGCGAGGUGUCCUGACUGUCUGCAGGGCGGCAGGUGGACUAGAGGUCACUGAGCGACACCGGUGGGUCGGAGGAUGACCUGACCUCUGGACAGACCCGUGUGGACUGGACAGUGCUGCUGCGUCAGGAGUGGUCAGAAAGACCGCCUCCUGGGUGACGAGUUCAUCCGCCCCGUCCAGCCUCAAACUGUCCGUGUGCCGUCCGGUACUGGCCGCCCUGCUGUGGUCGCUGACGCGUUCACUGGCGGGCUGUCGCGGCAGACCGGCCCUCCGUCCUCGGCCUUACGGACGGUUCCUCAGAUCAGUCAGCGCAGACGGUCACCGGGGCCACACACAGUGACGGAAUACUCCGACUGGAAAUUAACCACCGCCCGGCCCGCACGUAUUCGGCCGGGCCUAUUUAUCACUUUUGUUCACCGUUUCACACAUUUUAGACAGACGGCGAGUCGAACGGAUGCGAUGAGCUUACGGUUUGGCUGAUAGGACUCGAAAUACCUACUGGUCAGCCCUUAUGCCGAUCUCUGUAGCUUUACGAGCGAAAAGGAGUGACAUUAUUUGACUAUCUCACCGAUGCUAAUAUGCAUGGCAACCUCCGAACGUUAACAAUCGUUUGCAAUUUUAGUUCGGGCUGAACAUUGUGUGUUCAUAUGCAUGUGUGGGUUUCAAGCUGCUGUGAAUAGUGGCGAAGCGAAUCAAUUGAUGACAAAUUGAUGAAUUAUGUAACUUGGGGUCGGGAGCACGUACUCUGAUAUUUUAACUGAAUGUUUCUCACAACAUUGCCUACUCACCACUAUUUGAUGUUGACAUUUACGUUUAUGACUGCAUUUGAUAUUGUUACCAAAGAUUACGGAGCAGUUGAUUUAGGUCUAGGAACGUGAAAUCUCUGUACUGGCUCUCUAUUCCCGCGAUGUGCGGCGGGAGCGCGCUCACCCGCCGCGCCGGCGCCACCCGUCAGUCGAGGCGUACCCCCGCCGGCAGUCGGGCUCAGUCGCCUGCAGCUGCGACGGCCGUGGACGUGCCUGGAGGGCGGAUCGCACCGGUCCUCCUCUCCCCUCCGGCGGGAGGUGUUCACGGCGCACUGUGACAUGGACCGGAGCGUCACGGAGCCGCCGCGGGCUCCGUGACGCAGAGGCGACAGUCGUGACGCGGGGUUUAUUGGUCUGGAACGAGUCAGAUGGCCGCGAAUGCUAUAGUGAAAACGGCUUGUGAUGCGGAGUGAUCUAAUCGCGCGUGGUUUGUGACUUUGGGGGUAGACAGUCUGCUUUCUGAGCUGGUAACUCGGGUGAUGUCCUGCAUAGUAGUGGCCAGGCGACAGCACAGUCACAGUAGUCAGUCGGUGUCGGCGUUGCGUCGUGUGUGCUCGGACGGCCUGCAAGGGGUGCGGCGGACGCGCGGUGACCUGUCGGUGCUCCAAGCCGUACCUGAGAGCAGCUCCAUCGUGUUCAGUCAGUGUGCGUAUAAACACAUCAUAGUAACUGCGUAACAAAUUAUCAACGUGUGAAUGACAUCGCAAAUACAUGUGUUCGAGUGCCGCG